CAGUGUUUCCUGACUUGGGAAACAUGGGGUUAAGUUUCCUCUGUCGAGCGUUGAUCCCUCUUAAUGGGAUGUGCCACCGAGUCGCUCUGCUGGUCUAAGCUACAGCAGGUCAACAUAUUCAGCGCAAGAGGCGGGCCCAUUUGCUGGGAAGAUGAGCUGUGGACUCAGUGCUGCUCCGUGAUUUCAUCGAAGAGGAGCUCUCUGACCGCCUCACACACAGACUUGGUGACACGUGGAUUUCUGCGAGUGAGAGGAGCCUCCGUUCAGCGGGAGGAUUAACAGGUCGGCAUGGGUGUGUAUCGGCGUCCCGGGACCCGGCGAUGCGCUCUUUAAAGGAAACGGGUUUCGCAGAGACAUCCGUAAAACGCAUCCAUGCGCCACGGCUAGUCCGCAUCCCGAUAUGCCUCUGACAACACAAAGCCUGGGUCCAAGGAGCUCCCAUAAUAAACCACACAUGCAAAUCGGCAUGGGUGAGUCAACACGGUUAAUUCGCUAUAUUUGCGAAUGAAGGCGUUGGAGCUGUGCAAUGAGACAAUCGGGAAUUGUCAAGUAGACUUUAUUGAUAGGCUGCGUAAUUCGACAAUAUGGCUGAUCAGAGCAACAUCCAGUCGGCCGCCUCCAAGAGUAUCCGGCCUUUUAAAUCCAGCGAGGAGUACCUGUACGCCAUGAAGGAGGAUCUGGCGGAAUGGCUGAACACCCUCUACGACCUGGAUAUCUAUGCGGACUCCUUCAUGGAGGGGCUGGGGACCGGCUGUGCUCUGUGUCGGCACGCCAACAACGUGAACCGCGCCGUGCAGGACUUCCAGCUGGAGUGCCCGGAGGCUGCUCACUCCAUGAAGCUGCCGUCCAAAGAUGUGGGCUUCCAGUCACGCAAUGUGGUCCCCGGCUCGUUUGUGGCGCGGGAUAACGUGUCCAACUUCAUCAGCUGGUGCAGGCAGGAGCUCUGGAUCAAGGACGUCCUCAUGUUUGAGACCAACGACCUGGUGGAGAGAUGCAACGAGAAGAAUUUUGUUCUGUGUCUGCUCGAGGUGGCGCGACGCGGGGCCAAGUUCGGCAUGUUGGCCCCCAUGUUGAUCCAGCUGGAGGAGGAGAUCGAGGAGGAGAUCCGGGACCAGGAGAGCCUGCGGAUCGAUGUCGAGGAGCCGGCUGAACAGAGCCCGCCCAGCAGGUGCUUCAGUCGGAAGGAGAGCAGUCAGAGUAGCAGUCAGAGUGUGGAGCAAGAAGAGGAGCCGGAGCCAGAGCCCAUCAUCUGGCCGCAGAAGAGGGUGCUGUGUGACAUGAGAAACUUGGAUGAGUUGGUGCGUGAGAUUCUGGGUCGGUGUUCCUGUCCAGCUCAGUUUCCUAUGAUCAAGGUGUCGGAGGGGAAGUACAAAGUGGGAGACUCCAGUGCGCUGAUCUUCAUCAGGGUCCUUCGUACCCAUGUGAUGGUGCGUGUUGGAGGGGGCUGGGACACAUUAGAGCACUAUUUGGACAAGCAUGACCCGUGUCGCUGUGCUGCUUUCGCUCACCGCUACCACCAGGCUAAAGCCAGUGGCCAAGGAGGUCAGGGAGCCCACAGCAAGUCGUCCAGCGCCCACUCCUCCCGCUCCACCAGCCCAGGACCACACUGGCGAAAUGAUGGCAUCGCCCCAUACAAACCCCCCGACCGGCGCUCCCUGGAGCCCCCCUCUGCUCCGUGUGCCUCUUCCUCCUCCACACGGCCCGGUCGCUCUCAGAAUCCCGCCGUCCCCCCCGCCGAGCGCGACUCCAGUGCAGCUAGACCGCUGCUCCCACGGCCGCCACGAGACCGCUCCGAACCCCGGCACUUUAAUCCUCUCAGGAAUAAGGAUACAAAGUUGCCAGUGACGAGACGUCUGUCUGGAGACAGUGACUCCUCUACAGCCUCCUCUAAGGGAGGAGGAGGAGGAGGGGGACGGUACUCUCUAGGCGGGGCCUCGCGGCGAUCUGGUGAUGAGGUAGUCCUGCUCGUCAAUCGCAAGGAGGGGAAGCACAUGAUUGAGAGGUCUGGAGAUCAAACCUCAUCACUGCGUACCCCCCUGCCCCGCGCACGCAGCCAAUCCCGGGAACGUCCUGCUCUCGCUCCUAUACUCAAACCGAACCCCCCGCAAGGAUCCGCUGAUGGAUCUCGAACAUCCCGCCCAGAGAGGGGCCGCUCCACUGGAAACGAGGGCCCGAGGAGGCUCCAUGCUCCACGUUCCCACAGCCAGAGUAAGUUAACCAGCAGGACUCGAUCUGGUGAUGCCAGCCCGGGACCGGCUUCCUGCCACAGAGACCCUCAGCCCCCAGACCGACGAGAGGACCUCCGGGCCAAACAACUACCCCCCUCCUCUCCCAGAUUAGUGGGUGGGUUUGCUAAGAGGCAGUCCUCCUCCUGCUCUAACUCACCUAUUAAAGGGGUUCAGAACAACAACAACAACAGCAGCCCCAGCAAGAAGAUCAUAACUACUCCCAGACCUCCUGCCCCUCGCUCCCCCUCGGUAGGAAAAGGCAGGAUUCUUCCACCGGUCACCUCCGGGGGUCGACGCUCACCUCACUCAACUCCCCGCAACUUCCACCAUCACACUGCCCGCUCCCCCCGGACGUCACAGGGACUUCGUUCUGCUGGUCGAGGCCACCAUAAGAGCUUGUCAUGCCUGGAGCGCCCGGACCCCGAGGAGGAAGGACCGGGGCUCGGCUUCCAGAUGCUUCCAACACUAGACCCCCAAAAGGAGCAGGACCUGUAUCGCAGCUUUGAGGCUGAGUUUCUGGCCAAUACACAACAGGCUAGAGGAGGGUCUUGUAGAGCCCCAGGAGGAGCGAACCUUCAGGGUGCCGGGACACAUUUAGUGCCGGCAACCACUGAUCCUAACGUCACUGACUCGGCCUAUUCCUCUUCUAACUCCUCCACCUCCUCCCUGAAUGUGGGGGCAAAGAUAGGAACACUGCCUGACCUUAGGGAAUCCAAGAGAGCUCAUCCCCGUCACUUCCAACUGGAGGACCCCUUAAACUUACUUUAUGGAAACAAUUUUGGAGUACCUCACAACGGUGGUCAAGGAGAGCCUGAGCACUGGGGGGAGCGGGGAGGGGGUCUCAAGAAGCUCCCAGCCAUCUCUAGCUCCAUCGAGGAGAGGGAACCUCCGUCUUCACUGCCUGGUCUUGGAGACACAGACACACUGAUGAACCAGGUCCCCUCACAACCUGCUUUCCACUGUAGUAAUAUUAAUGGAGACCAUGGAGGCUUUCCUCCUACAGGGGGGCUGAAAUGUCAGCAGGGUCAGCUUGGCUGGGGCACAGGGCCUGAAGGAGAUAUUCCUCCUGAGAAUCACCAGCCAAACUUACCCUAUGACCUAGAAAAUGGUGACGGCAAUGAUGACCUCCCGCCCCCAGAGGCUUGUCCGUCACCUGUGCUCCUCCCCCCCUCUGGGGACUGCUCUUUCCAGGAUUCCUCCAGUGAAAACUCAUCCAUGUGCUUCAGCCUGAGUGAAUCCCAGUCUGAAACCCCCCCACCAUCUUCACCUAUUGCCAAUGGGAACACUGAUGCAGAAGGGCUGCAGACUAAUAAAGGGCAAAAGAAGACAGACGGAAUGGCCUCUAACUCAAAGCACAAACUGAGAGGCAGGAUGCAGCCUCGCACUGACAACAGGCCAGAAAACAGCCCCUCACGGAUCCCCACACCGCGCAGCUUCAGAGAUCUGCAGACUCACGAAACCUUUUCCCCAAGCCACACUCCUCCACUGUCCCCUCAGAGCUCACGCUCUACCGGUCGCCCGGCCACAUGCAAGGGCCUCCACCAGGCCUUCGCAGACAUGAUCCAUCCCCGGCCAUGUUCCCCAGCCAUGGUUAACAAAGACUGCUCCUUCCCUGGACAGUCAGGGAGCCUGGACACUGAAGCUUGGAUGUAGCACAGAUGACACAGGGGGUGUCAUGAACUCUGACUACUGUGUAAAAAGUUAAGAUUGGGCUAUAGACUGUUUUUACUGCAUGUCUAACACUCCUUCUUUCUCACUUAGUUCCCCCCCCUGAAUAACUGCAGGGGGUUCACAUUGCUUUUAUGUUGCACUCAAGCCAAAUUAUUUAUUACCAAAGGAAUGGUCUUUAAGAUUACUUUCACUGUCAUUUUAAUGUGUGCAUGGGGAUGCUUUUGCCAAUCAUAAGGUGUUUAUUUUUUAUUUUUGCAAAGACACUAGUGAAAGUCUCAUGGUUGAAACAGAGAGAUUGAGAGAGAGCAUAUGUGCUGCCAUGUGCCCCGCUGAGGGGCAUGGCGAAGUGCCAGGGAUUUAAGGCAGCAACUCUAAACAGUGUAAACACUAAACCUUCAGACAGAUGGGAUGGCUCCCUCUUGUGGUUUGCCACAGCAUCUCUGCUUGCCUUGGUAGUCAGAAUACUGGUAUGAUGACUGUGAUCUUUUUCAGUCUCUUAACAUUUGACUCAGUAUACUCACAUUUACAAUAUAAUAACUGUUAACAUACACAUAGGUACCCCCAUCAUCCCUCUGACUGUAUGAACACUACUUGCUCAACCAAACCCUGUUCAGUCGUCUGCCGUUAUUCAUGUGGUAUGUCACAUUUUCGCAUCAGUUUUUGUAGCUGUGAUAGAUUUUUUUGUUGUUAAGGUGUCACAGGUUUUAAAGAUUAUGUUUAAUGCAGUAAAACAUUUGAAGUUGAUUGCAACUUUUAAGUGGAUUAAGUGCAAAAAUAUGAGGAGCAGUGAAGGUUGUGUCUUUGUCAGUGAAGCAGAAAUGUUGGGAUUUCUUCCUCUGACCAAACUGUACUCUGGAAUACAAUGCUACAUAUAUACAAACGUCAAAGGCUAAGGAGAAUGAAUGUGAAAUACAUGUCGAUGUGCUCACUGAUAGAUGUGGGUAUUUUGUAUAUACCAAGGCAUUGAAUAUACAGUUUAAUGUACAUAUUCUCUGUAAUCAGUUCUGUGCUGCCUUAGCUAUGCAAUAUUGGUGUUGGAAAUGCCUUGACAAUUCCCUUUGCCUUAAAAUGUAUUUGCAGGUUAGUUUUUGAAUGUUUUUGCGCAACAUCACUCAAGAUCUAUUCGGUAACACAACUUUGCCAUCAUUAUUUCUUUAUGAUUAUAGAAAUUGGAGAGUUUAGGUGUGAAUGUGGAAAUAAGUGAGGAACAUUGCCCAUUUUAAUUGUGCAUUAUUCGUAGUCUAGGUGUACAAUUCCUGAUAAAGAUAUAUAAUGUAUUGCCCUGAAUCAUGUAAGUAUAAUUGAGACACAAGGAGCCAGAUAACCUACUUAGAAGAUGGAUUUUAAAGACUCAGCCCAAUCUAUGGUGACAUCUAGUGGCUAAGGAACAAUAUGUUUUAUUCACAGUCAAAUUAUGUACUGUUUUAAUGAUUUUGGAAUGGUAUAUGUUUGUUAAUAAGAGCCAAUAUCGAUGGUAAUAAGGGGACAUUUGAUGGAUGAAGAAUGACUUUGACUUGAGUGUCUAAAUGUGUGCAACAGUUCAUGAAUAAUAGAUACUGUAACUGGAUAUGAGGGAUAUCUUGUGGAGCACAUGCACAAGAGGAUGAGAGGUCAGAGCCCUGCGACAGUACUUCUGUUUUUUGGUAAUAACAGGGGUGGACUUUGUAAAAUAUAUUUGAAAGUGGAAACGUUUGACUUGUUGUCAAGUAAGAAAAGUUGGUGAUCAUUUGUCUUUCUUGUGUUUACGAUGAUAGAUAUCUCCCUGAGAGAUUUAAUAGAAAGAACCAGUCAAAAAAAAGAAAGCUGCAACAUUUGUGGAAACCAUCUUUUUGCAGGGCACUGACACAGUAAAUAGGCUCGAAAACAAUGAGAAGGUGCAUAUGUGUGUACAUACUGUAUGAGAAUAUGUUGAGAGUUGGAGUGAAGAGGGAAGUAAUGUAGGUCUAAUUUAUUUAUUUAUGAAGUCUCUCAAGUUACAUCUGUGUCCCAAAUAUGAUAAUGAGCAGGACGUUUAAUCUUAAUAAGGUGGAGCCAACUGAUAAAAAACUUAGCAAUUUAAAUAUUUGUUCCCAACAGUAUACCGUAGAAACAUUAUAACUAUUGCAAGCUAUGGUUUGAAACAGUAUCUGUUUUGCAUAAUUCAGAAACAGUUAUUAGAUGUAGACUCCUCAUAAUUUAUGAUUAAAGAAAGCCACAUGAUACGGACUAGUUAUGGGUCUCUUCUGUACAAACAGAUGUUUUAUUCUAAUUGUUUAUAAUUUAAAUAUGCUUUGGCUUAUUUUAAAACAUUUGUGCUUAGAGUAAUUGGUCAAAUUCAAAAUGUGGUUGUCAAUUAUAAAAGGAAUGAUUGUACAUUAUCAGCUCUUUGUCCUGCACAACUUCAUGAAUCUCUCUCUGCUUCUCUCAAUCCCUAAUCAGCGAAAUCUGAAUGUUCAUGAUUUGAUAAUUUCUUCUUUGCUAAUGUUACUUUCACUACAACUUCAGUUAAAUGUACAGAUUGCUUGGUAUUGUGGAAUUUGUAUGUAUGAAAUAGCAAUACUGCAACAUUUCACAGUUUUUUUGAAGUAAAAAAAAUGCUGUCAUGUUGUUCUUGUAAUAAAACUUUUCCUCUGAAGUUCA